AUGCCUGCAAUUGGUUGCGCUGAUGACUCAGUAGACGUGGCCAGCCAGCGAAGCGGUCCACGCACUGCUGCGAAAUCGAAAGCAGGUCCAAGCCAGAGAGUAGAAGACAGUGCCAUGAGAAUUGUCAAGGAAGAGGACAAAGAAGCUGACGACAUUCCUCUAGAAGAUGCUACUUUUGAGAGGCUGAAGCAAAGACGUCACAUGAGGGGAGCCAACACGUCAGAUGUAGAUUUCGCGCACCUGUUCAACUCCUUGGCAAAAAUGAACGACUGCUUCCAGCAAGAACCUGCAGAGGAGAUCGAUACGUCAGACACCAUCUUGCACAAGGAGAAUCAAUUCUUGGCUGCGUGCGUGAAUGCUUGCUUAACUUUUGAAGGGCAGCAGCGCAAAGAAAAGAAUAGAGAAGAACAUGCAGAUGAAGAGCAAGAGGGUCAGGGGCAACAAGGUCCACAAGGACCAUGGAAUGCAGCCACUGCGAAAACCAUCAUGGCAGUGAAAAAGCAGUUGUCAUAUGAGCUGUGCCAAGAUAAGCUCCUACAUUUUACGUCGGAAUGGUGUGACACACCCAAGGAAGUGGAAGCUUCGUGUUGCUACGAAGACUGCGCGGUGAAAUACGAUGAUGAGCUCCUACCCGCUCGACAAAUUCAGCGUGAGCAGCUUGUGAACUGCUAUUUGAGAAUCCCUCAUUCCAUCAAGCAAACAGUGCCUGCCGACAUUGUGGAAAGGUUCUCGCAGAAAAAGCCUGAAGUCAAGACAGAAAAUUCUGAAGAUCACAUUCUCAUCCGCAAGGUGAACUACCAAUACCCUGGCCCUUGCACUAUCCGAACUCGCAAACAAGUGGUAGGAAACUUCCUCUUACAUUCCGAAAAUGGUGGCAGCCCACAUUGCGUUGCUGUGAAGCAGGACGAAGAAGACAAGCUGAUUGUUUUUGACACAGAUGGUGUCUUCCACUUAGCAGUAGCUGACUUCGAGACAGCGUUGUUAGGUGGUGUGGAUGCUGCCACGUGUGUUAUUUUCAAACUUCAGGACGGCAAAAAGGAUACAGAUGUGGGUAUGUCCGAUUUUGAUAACCUCCUGGACUUAGCAGCAGGGAGUUCUGAAUCAAAUGAAGAAUGCACUACAGACGAUGCUCAGGACACAGCAUUAUUGCCAGAGGUGUCCGAAAAGAAGGGAAGCUUUGAUUGGCUAGAUGACACUGGACGUGUGAUCACCGACCAGGCGGCCGUGCCAGCCACCUUGGCUGGGUACGGAGGAGCGCCAUCACUGGCUGUUCCGGAGGCCAGCUCGUGGCGGGACGAUAGGAGAAAUGCCACGCUACUGCCGCCCAGAAAGUUACCAGCGGAAUCACGCUAUGCCGAUCUCAUCACUUCGCGGCAGAGAACGCUUGGAAGUAUGGAUUUGGCAGCCCAGGUGCGGCUACCCACAGGUUGUAGUGAAGAGGAAUGGCUGGCCUUCAACACUGUGGAGUUAUUCAAUGAGUUGAACCUCCUGGUCGGGGCCAUUAGCGACAUUUGCACAGAAGCCACCUGUCCGACCAUGUCGGCCGGAAGCUUUGCGUGGCAGUGGGCUGAUGGUGACAAUCGGACGCCACAGCAGCUGUCAGCGCCGAAAUAUAUGGAGAAGCUGUUGGUUUGGGUCGAGUCCCAGCUAGCGGAUGAGACCUUCUUGCCGGUGCAGAAGGGGCAGCCGUUCCUACCCAAUUUCAAGAAGGGCAUCAGGGUCAUCUACAAGCGACUCUUCCGGAUCUAUGCGCAUAUCUUCCAUGCGCAUUUCAAGGAAAUGGUGGACAGUGAUGCGGAUGCCCAUUUGAACCACUCCUUCAAGCACUUUGUUUACUUUGUGAAAGAGUUCGACUUAAUCGAAGACUCCGAGCUAGAGCCCAUGGGUGAUUUGAUUCGCCUUUUGAUGCGGAAACGGGAAGCUGAAGCCAGUGCAGGAGGUGCUGUUUCGCCUUGA